AUUUAAUCUUUUUUUCCCCCAGGUAAAUCACACCACAGUUGGCGUGCUUGAACCAGAGGAACCGGGGCAAUGUUCUACGCCCACUUUGUCCUCAGCAAACGUGGGCCGCUGGCCAAGAUCUGGCUGGCGGCCCACUGGGACAAAAAGCUGACCAAGGCCCAUGUGUUUGAAUGCAACUUGGAGAGCAGUGUGGAGAGCAUCAUCUCACCAAAGGUGAAGAUGGCAUUGCGAACCUCUGGUCACCUUCUCCUUGGAGUGGUGCGAAUCUACCACAGAAAGGCCAAGUACCUGCUUGCUGACUGUAAUGAAGCCUUCAUCAAGAUCAAAAUGGCCUUCAGGCCCGGUGUUGUGGAUCUACCUGAGGAAAACAGGGAGGCUGCAUAUAAUGCCAUCACUCUUCCUGAAGAGUUCCAUGACUUUGAUCAGCCACUUCCUGAUCUGGAUGACAUCGAUGUGGCUCAGCAGUUCACUUUGAACCAGAGCAGAGUAGAGGAGAUCACCAUGAGAGAAGAUGUUGGAAACCUCAGCCUCAUUCCCGAUGACUUUGCCGACUUUGGGAUGGAUGACCGGGAGAUGAUGCGUGAUGCGAGCACAUUUGAAGAUGAUAUAAUGCAGGGAGCCACAGCCCCUAACCUGCUGCUGGAGGCCGAGCCGGGUCCAGCUAACCUCCCUGAUAAAUCCAACCAUAUGGAGUAUGAUGACUUUGGUGAUGGCUCCAUGGGCAACAGUGAUGGUGGAAUGCUUGUUGACACGCUGCUGAGAGCUGAAGAUGGAGGCGGCAUCUUUGAUGAUCCUCCAGCAAUCACAGAAAGUGUCAUGAUGCCCCCAGAUCACGGCGACGAUGAGGAUGACUUUGACAACCUUCACUCUCCUGGUCCAGACAGUCCUGAUUCUGGCCCAGCUGAGCAGCUGCCAGCGAUGACUGACCAACCAGAACAGACCACCCUGGUUCCUAAUGAAGAGGAGGCUUUCGCCCUGGAGCCCAUCGACAUCACUGUGAAAGAGACCAAGGCAAAACGUAAGAGGAAGCUGAUUGUUGACAGUGUAAAGGAGUUGGACAGUAAGACCAUCAGAGCCCAGCUGUCUGACUACUCUGAUAUCGUGACCACCCUGGAUCUUGCUCCUCCUACUAAGAAGCUCAUGAUGUGGAAGGAAACGGGAGGAGUGGAGAAGCUUUUCUCUUUGCCUGCACAGCCCCUCUGGAACGCCCGGUUACUCAAGAUGUUCACACGCUGCCUGACACCUCUGGUGCCAGACGAGCUGAGGAAACGCAGAAAGGGCGGCGAGGCGGACAGUCUGGAUGAGUUCCUCAAAGAGCUGGAGAACCCAGAGGUGCCAAGGGAGGAGAUCAUGACUCAGAACAGAGAUGUCAUUGACCAGACUAUCAUGGAGGAGCCAAGUAUACUGGCAGCCUCUGCUAUGGAAGGCAGCAGGACGGCUUUGGAUGAAACAGUGAUGCCUCCUCCAUCCACCCCCCGUGGUGUAAAACGCAAGCAGCCCAUGGACAAAGAGGGCCCCAUCCCUAUGACUCCCCUGGAGCAGCAGCAGCAGGUGGCUGACCGCUCAGACUUGUCACAGAGGCUGGACAUGCCUCAGGUUGAUCUGCCUCCAGAGGAGACCACUGUCAACCUCACUCAGCUUGUCCCUGAGCUCGACCUUCUCACCGACAAGGAAAAGGAUAAGAAGGAUGACAGCGAAGAAGAGGAGGAGGAGGGUCAAGCUGGAGAUCAGGAUCAAGAAGAGAAGAGAUGGAACAAGAGAACUCAACAGAUGCUUCACGGUCUGCAGCGUGUCAUGGCGAAGACUGGUGCCGAGUCGGUCAGUCUCCUCGACCUGUGCAGAAACAACAACAGGAAGCAGGCAGCCGCCAAGUUUUACAGUUUCCUUGUCCUCAAGAAGCAGCAAGCCAUCGAGGUCACUCAGUCGGAACCCUACAGCGACAUCAUCGCCACAGCAGGACCAAAAUUCCACCUCAUUUAGACAUUGGAAAAAACAAACACUCUGCAACAGGCAUACCUUUUUUUUUUUUAUUACUCGACUCUUUGCCAUUUUAUUUUUUCCCAAUAAGCCCAGUUUUUCCUUGGGGAGGGGAGUGGAGUGAUAAUGGUGAAGAACCUUAAGAAAAUGGUUUUACUGUAAGAAAUAUUGAAUCAUGCAGUAUUCGUGGUUCUAACAGAGUGAGGAAUGUUUUGGCAGUGUAUUUAUAAAGCCCACCGCCCUUUUUUUUCAGUCACCAAUUUGUAAAACUUCACUGCAUAUUGUUUUUGGGAAAUGUGUCUGUCUCAUUCCGCAAGUUUUGUAUCAGUGCCCCUGUUCCAGCUAAACAAUAUUCUGAUUUGUAUUGAAAGCCCUCGUAUCACGUUAACUUUGUAAUGACUAGAUGUUCUGGAAUGGUACUGUUUUAUCGUUCAGAAGUGUAACCUUACCCAACUUUCUGUUGCACUUGUUCUCUAAUAAAAAGGUUAAUCUUUGAAUUCGCAAGUUUGAUCUGGCUUUAAAUAAGAUUCAGAUGUAUAAUUAAGGCAGUAAACUAAGGUUUGUGUAAAUUUGUUUCUUUUUUUUGUACCUUUUUGUUAUGCUUUUUUUUUUUUUUUGGGCCUUUUUGCAUUAUGUAACUAGGUUAUGUACUUGUUACAUUUAAGCUCACUAUCCCACCUUUUUAGACUCUGG